CUGUACGCGUGCAAGGACUGUCACUCUGCCCGCGCAAAAUGACUGCGCAUAUCCGAUAUCAGGCUCUACUGAUGAAAAGAGCAGGACCUAUCGAGGAUUUCUGUUCCCAGCAGUAUACUUGACCACUCAAGGACAAAGUUUAUUCUUGCGACCCGCUCGUGGUGGUGUGAGGAAAAGCAGGCCACCUGUGUACUCACAACGAUCAAUCGCAAAAAACACCAUAAAGAAGACAUUUUGACAUGCAGUUUCGAUUCUGGAAACGCGCGUCAAGACGGCCUCAGGCUAGUCCUUUUCACGGCGAAUACCACGAAGCUGAUGCAAAGAAUUCCCUUCCGUCCGAUACUGUAACGUCAGAACGCAAACGGAAAAAGGAUCACAUUGAGAGUGAGAAAAGGUGGUUCUGGUGUAAAUCAGACAGGCAGCCCGCAAAUGAUUGUUCCUUGCUAGGCCAAAGGAGGCAACAGGGCGAUUCGGCGGGAGAAAAUGAACGAAAUGGUCAUAAAAGACGUACCAGUGCGGUCGAAAUCACCGUUUAUGAUCUGAUUCAGCCAGAUGAUAGCUUCCAGGACUUUGACAAAUGCCUCCCUCGUCUUCCAAUUCCGCAUCAAGCAUCUCCUACGGCGCCCCAAGCACCGAAAUACACCUCUGAUGAUCUCAUUGAUGAAUCAUAUAUUAGUACAGCUUCACCGGAUCCUCUUCCGCUUCCGCCCCGAUAUCAAUGGGUUUCUCUUCAUCCUCAACCAACCGUCGUGCGCGUCUUUCGGAGGGUUAGUACGUGGUUUAUUCCUGGUAAUAGUUCUGCUCGAAAGAAGCUACGGGAGAAGCGACGUAAGCAGCAGGCAGUGAACAGGCACAAGAUUGAGCGAUCCAAAACAAACUCGCAUAAGCAAACGCAGAAAGUAGAUGUUGGCGGAAAGGUCGAAGCUAAAGGAGCCAGGAGAUGUCGAUCGGAUAUAAUAACGGGCGCAGGACCAUGUCCUUUUGGGACCGGUGUUAUAACCCCGCGAUCUCAGUCUGAGGCCAAUACGAGUGACGAACUAUUGCCUUUAGAUCCAUACUUGAGCCAACGACUGGUGGACGCCGGAUUCACUUCUCGCCCAAACACCCCAACUCCUUCAAUCAAAUCACAUUACACCACACCAGCUACACUGAAAGCGCGGCCCACUCUGUGCCGCCGAGAAACAGUAAAAAGCCGCACACAAAGCAUCAAGAGCCAUACAACCGCCGUGACGUGCAGAACCGUCAAAUCACUUGACAGCCGGUCCUGGCGUCCAGCGUCCGAAAGAGAUCUUCAGAUGGAUUUUAUGUCCAGCAUUGAGGCAGCAGAUAACCUGCCACCUGUACCUGCCAUCCCUGCUCAAUAUCAGAAUCUAACAAAGAUGUCGAGUCGAAAUCCAAUGCUUCAAAUUAGUAAGACAAUAGCUAGCAAGGAGCCCCAAAAUAGAGAUUCGCCGAAAGUAGAAUCACUCGACAUAAAGCCUCAGAACACCGGUCAACCAAAAGUGGAAUCGGAUCAGAGAGAGCCAAGCAAGAAUCAUCGACCUCAGUUAAAAAAUGGACCAUCUCAACACGACCAUCUUCAGAUGACGCAGGACGUGACUGAUGCGGACUGGAAGCGGACAAGGCCGGAAGAACCAGCAGUUCUGAAAGAGCCGUCUGCGAAAUCUAAAGUGAAUAAACGCCGUCAUUGUUCAAGUUGCUACCUGUGGGAUGAUGGACGAGGUGAAUGGAAGCUUGUGAAAAAAGAUGCUGCGGGUGAAGUUAUUGAAGAAGUGUUUGUCGGAAAGGCAAUUUGAUACAUAGGGUCACAUUUUGUUGUGAGGUUGUAAUAGGGAGGAAUGUGUUUAUUACUGCUGUGUACCAAUUAGAUUGUUCAUGUUCAUUGUCGCCUUGCCAGUUUAUAUAACAUGAAGUUUCUGAUGGCUCAACAUCC